AACCACAACAGCCCACCCAUAUGAAAUGACGUAACAUGCGCGCGCCCGUUCUCUCGUUUUGAAUAGGCUUCACGAGACGCUCAUCUGUGAGAGAUUAGCAACACAGGCUACUUGUUCGUAAGACAAACAAACUAACCAACUUUUGGUUAACAGGUUUAAGUGUAAAUUGUUUGGGGGUUCCACUUUCAAACAAUCAUGCUUGAUGGGGAGAGGUUCAUUGAGGCUCUGUCACGGGUGGGUUAUCCAAAUGUAUCCACACUCAAGAGUUCAGAAUUUGAUUGGUUGUUUGACACUGCACCAGCCAACCUACAUCUUUUGCGCAUCUUCUGUCACCGUGUGAACCGCAACAACGCCUUGUCACCAGAUGAAUUAAAGGCCUUUCAGGUGUUACGUGAGUCUGGAAAACCUAUCUUGGAUGAAGCGACACUUGGGGAUCUGUUAAAAACAUGUGGGCCAACCGAGGUGGGUGGGUCUCUCUCCUCACUUUGUGGGGAAGAGGAUGUUUUGGUGGAAGAUUUAGAGGUUGAACUUCAGGCCCUGCGGAAAGAGAAGCAGCUGAAGUUGCGAAGACUUAAAAAGCUGCAGGUGUUUGCUGCCAGUCGAGGAGCUGACGCAUCUGCAGCACUUGGUCUACUCCAGGAAGGUAGCGGUGCAGUGAAAGAUGCCAGCUCUGCUCUUGCAGCUGAAAAUGCAGCCUUAAAUGCUGCCUUAGAAAGUCUUGUGAAUGAGACCCAGAAGCUUGCUGGUUUCUUCAAUUCUGAGAACUUGUCAAUGGAAAAAAAUAAUGAAACCACAGCAGUGCUGCUGUCCCAACUUCCUCUGGAACCCUACCUCCACCAGGAGGAGCAAAACACUAAAGCCUUGGCCAUCUACACCCAGCAACAGUUCUUCCAGGGCAUUUCAGACAUGGUAGAAACCUCGACCUCAAAACGCUUCCAGCUGACCGAGCUGAGCUGUUGCAGUGAGAUUGAGGAAGAGGACGAUGAGAAACUUGUGGAAAGCAGGAGGAAGGAGAUGGCCCGGCUGCAGUGGGCUCACAUUGUAGCACGGCACCAGUUGCUGAAAGAGCAAGCAGAGGAGCAUGGAGACCAAGCACUGAAGAUCUGGCUCACUGAGCAACUCGGCAGUCAAACUCAGCCACAGGGUUCCCUGCAAGCCCCCUGGCGUGAGUCCGCAUUGCACUCCGAAUUACUCUCUGUUCAGUCUGACCUUGAUGCUCUGAUGCGAGAGCCUGUCCGGACUGCUCUGCGUGAUAGUGCUCGCCUGCUGAAUGUGCCUGUGGUGCGUGGUGAUCUGGCACUUCAGAUUGCCAGGCAGAACUAUUACACAGCCAGACAGACAGAGGUCAGGGAUCAGCUCCUCCGACAGAAGGCAUCGUUUGAGGUGCUUCGACUCGCACAGGACACAGAGCUCAGGAGGGGGAGAAGGACUGUGACUCAGCUGGACGAUGUCAUCAGUAAGCUGGAAGGAACAUUUCAGAGCACAACUCAUAGAGGGAAAAUACUGACCCAGCCUGAACUGAUCCAAACACCCUCCCUAGGAUGUAAUGCAAAACUGCAGGUCAUCAGCUCUAAAGAUGUAGUGUUUAGCAGGCUGUUGCAGAUGCUGGAGCUGGGCAAGCUCUCUGAGUGUAAGGAUCCCCUCCUGACAUAUGGGAGGUUGGAAGUUGAAGCGUCUAGCUUGCAGAAAGAUCUUGUGGCUGUUCACGGUGCUCUGGAAAGGGCAGCUCAGGAGCAGGGCUACGUCAGUGCGCGUCUAGAGCAUGAUCGGGAUGCUCUUGAGCGCUCAGCCUAUUCGGAUAUUGUUCAGCCGCUCCUGAGGCCGCAGGUAUGUGCUACAGCCACGCCUGCUCAGGAGCUCUGUCCUAAUGCACAGGAGGUGUCUGUUGUCCUGAGUGAGCUGGAAGAGAAGCAAAAGAAUCUGUACAAGCUUUUGCAGGAUGUUGUAGGAGAUGUGAGGACUAAAAGGGCUCGACUAGAACAGAGCGCCACCCUCAGACGAGAGAGAGAGCUGUACGUCUACUUUCACCUGGACCCCACACUGCUUAACAGGGUGGUUCGUGAGAUGGAGGCCAGGGCUGGUUUGAAGUAGGCUGUGGAGCAGAUUGUACCUCUUACCCCACAGAAAAGGAACUCUGAACUGAAGUCAGGGGAGAUGUGGUGCAGUUUUGACAUCAUCUUAUGCCUUUUCUGGAUUCUGGACUUCAUGCUCUUUAACUGCAGAUCUACCUAAAAACUCUGACAUUUGACUGUAGAAAGUACAGUUAAAUAUAAUUUCUUUGUACAUCUAAUUAUGGAAAAAAGACUUUAAUAAACUUUGUUAAUAAAACCUAAAUGUGAUUCUU